CCCAACAUGGCAGGUCUCGCUGAUGAUUUCUAUUCCCGGAAUAGCUAUCGAGGUGGUGGAGGUGGCGGCGGUGGCGGUGGGGGCGGCGGUGGUGGAGGAGGAGGUGGAAACCGUUACAAUGAUGGCGGCCGGGGAUAUGGCGGCGGUCGGCCUCGCAGGUCAAUGCCAACGGAACCUCCCUUCACAGCUUACAUCGGGAACCUUCCAAAUGGCGUUGUCCAGGGUGACAUCGACCAGAUCUUCAAGGCCCAGAGGGUACGAACAGUGAGACUGGUGUAUGACAAUGAAAGUGGCAGAUUCAAAGGGUUCUGCUACGUGGAAUUUGAAGAUGCCAAAAGUUUAGAAACUGCUCUUUCCUUCGAUGGCGCUCUCUUUGUGGACAAGAACAUCAAGGUAGAUAUUGCAGAUGCCCGCCGUGGUGAUCGUGGCAGGGGCAGAGGAGGAGGCCGCGGUGGUGGAGGCAGGGGUGGAGACAUGAAUGACUUCCGUGGUAGAAGAGAUGGAGAUGAUUUUGGUCGCUACCGAAGAGACGAUGACCGAGGAAGUAGAGGACGGGGGGGAUUCAGUGGUGGUUCUGGUUCAGCUGGUGGAAGGUAUGGCGGCUUCGAUGACCGUGGGGGCGACCGGGGAAGCUUCGGAGGACGGCCCCGCAGCGGACCUGGCGACCGAGGGGGAGCCCGACCCGAGAGUGGAGGCUACAUGAGGCGCGAUCGCAGAGACAGCGAUAGAUCCCGUAACUUUGAGGAGUUCAAGGAGCCCAAUCCUGAGGAUCUGUCUCAGAGGCCCAAGCUGAAGCUGUUGCCCAGGACCAAGACGGAUCCUGUAAAUCAGCAGGCGGAGACCUCGCAGUCCUCCAGUAUAUUCGGUGGAGCCAAGCCUCGCGAGGAAAAUAGAUGGAGCUAA